GACAGACACAACCGAGGAAAGCAUUGGCGGUGUUCUUGGUCUGUCCGAGGAGUCGCCUGAAUGAAAACACAGGAGCGACGCCACUGACGGAGACGCUGAACAGAACCCAACAGUCCCGUACGGUUUCUAUUCGGUUGUGAGUGGUGCAUAUCUCUAAUCAGGGUGUCGUGUGCUGGACGUGAGCAGGAUGGACCCACGGAAAGUGGCAGAGCUGAAGGGCUUCGUGCACAUGUGCGAGUCCAACCCCAUGAUCCUGCACCUUCCUGAGAUGGCCUUCUUCAGGACCUGGCUGGAGGGCAUGGGAGCAUCACUUCCUCCCCCACCCAAGAAAAAGGAGUCAUGCCAGGGCGGCUGUCCUUGUGGUCCUCCACCAGCAUCGGCUACAGCUCCUGAGCCAGAGCCUGAGGCUUCAGUGCCGUCAGAGAGCGACGAGAGUGAAAUAGAAAUUGAUAAUGAGGGAGUGAUCGAGCCAGAUGUUGAUGAGCCACAGGGCACCGAAGACUUUGACAACAUAGAGGUCACAGACGAGAUGAUGGACCAGGCUAAUGAGAAGAAGAUCGAGGCCAUUAAUGCUCUGGGAGAGGGUGAUCUGCAAAAAGCUUUGGAUCUUUUCAGUGAAGCCAUCAAGCUGAACCCUCGUGUUGCCAUCCUGUACGCCAAGAGGGCAAGUGUUUACAUCAAGAUGAAGAAGCCCAACGCAGCCAUCAGAGACUGUGACAGAGCCAUCAGCAUCAACCCAGACUCUGCACAGCCAUACAAGUGGAGAGGGAAAGCUCACAGGCUGCUGGGUCACUGGGAGGAGGCAGCCAAGGACCUGGCCACAGCCUGUAAGCUGGACUAUGAUGAGGAUGCUAGUGCGCUGCUGAAGGAGGUCCAGCCAAAGGCCAACAAAAUUAUAGAGCACAGACGCAAAUAUGAACGCAAGAGAGAAGAGCGAGAGAUCAGGCAGAAGCAAGAGCGGGUAAAGAAAGCCAGGGAGGAGCACGCACGAGCCCAGAGGGAGGAGGAAGCGCGACAAGGUGGAGGAGCAGGAGGAUUUUUCCCAGGUUCGGCUGGAUUCCCAGGUGGAGCGGCUGCUGGCAUGCCGGGCCUCGGCGACUUCCUAAAGGAUCCAGAGAUUCUCAAUGCCAUGAAGGAUCCUGACGUGAUGGCUGCCUUCCAGGAUGUGGCACAGAACCCAGCCAACAUUGCCAAGUACCAGAACAACCCUAAAAUCAUGGCUCUCGUCACCAAGCUGAGUUCCAAAUUUGGAGCUUCACCACAGCCGUAGACAGGAAGGACCAAAGCGGAGGAGUGAGAGCGGAGAUGUGGUGAAACAAUCUGGAGAGCCACAACGCUUUUCAACAAUUAUUCACUGUGCAGAGCAUACAGGGAGGUGUGACGUAGAGGAAAAACCCGAGCAGAAUUUUUAAUGUUCUCAAUCAGCCUGUUAGCACUUAGCAACGUCUCAACAUACAACCCGAUGGUUAGAAGUCAGGUGUUGAUUUUGACUGUGCUGUCUUAACCACAAGUUUCUAAUCUGCAUCUGGAACCACUAAACUGGGAGCUCCUGCAUUAAGACGCUAUAGUGACAGACAUGUCAUGUGCUCAACUGUUUUUUCUUUCUCUGUACUGAACAGUCGGCACUUUUGUUAUGUUAUUGAUGCAAAAAACUUACAUGACCUUAAUGUUUGACCCUGUUGGAAAAAUGAGUCACAUUAUAAAACCUACAAAAACUGA